GGCGGAGCGGCCCCCGGCCAUGGGCAGCGUCGGCCCCCGCCCGCCCCGAGGCCACCGGCAGAUGUGCUGAUGUCUGCUCCUUGCAAAGACCUGACCCACCUGAGGUUGGCAGAUGCACAGAUGUGACCGUGAAUCACCAGUAAAAGGGCCAUGUCCCCACAGCCAGACACCCCAGUCCUCACAACGUUCAGGAGUCAUACCACUGCGUGCUGGAGCAUUGAGCCUGAGCAAAUGGGUUUUCGUGCUCAGUCUCUGCCUUUCCACGCUGUGGGGACGACUGACGCUGGCCUCCACGCAUCAGCACAGAAGCCAUUCAGUGCACGUGGAGCCCGGCACAUGCGAGGUCAUCGCGGCUCACCGGUGCUGCAACAAGAACAAGAUCGAGGAGCGCUCCCAGACGGUGAAGUGCUCCUGCUUCCCAGGGCAGGUGGCAGGGACAACGCGGGCAGCUCCCUCCUGCGUGGACGGUGGGCAGAGCUGGUCCUCCAUACCCUGUGCUGCUGAUCCCCUCCUCUCCCCAGCCUCCAUCGUGCUGCAGAAGUGGUGGUGCCAGAUGGAGCCGUGUCUGGACGGGGAGGAAUGCAAAGUGCUGCCUGACCUGUCGGGAUGGAGCUGCAGCAGUGGCAACAAAGUGAAGACGACCAAGGUCACUCGAUAGCCCCCGUGCAGCGUGGCACGGGCUGAGCAGCCUUGCCCUGGGUCCUGGUGCUCCUGUGAGCAGCUGGAUGUGGCCCAGUGCCUGCAGAGGGGGGAUGCUCCAGGCCUGCCAUGCUGCACCCAUCAGCAGGACUGUGACAGCCGCUGGAUCAGAGCAUCCUCUGCGCCCCAGCUUCCCUGGAGGCUGCAGGCAGGGAUCCCAGGGCAGCUGCUAGAAUCCCGUCACUCCACGGUUUCCUCCUUUUCUGUGGACACAUUCACCAACCAAGAAAUGGGCUCAUUUUCUAAUCCUCCUAAAUAAAAUAUUCCCACUAUGUAAGAGCUGUUGACAAUACAGAGACAGACAGGCAGCAGGCUCCCAAAAUGGGCUUUAAUCUGAAUAGCUGAAAUCAUUGCUGUGAGUCGCCUUCCCCCACAAAAAGCUGAAUCCAGGUUGCAUUGGAAUAUGGAAGUCAGUGGUUAUGUGAAACCUUUCCCCAUGUGGCUCCUGGCCCUGGGGUUCCUAGGAACAGCUCUGAGCUCCAGCCUGAUCCUGAGUCACUGGUGGCUGCUGUGCCCUCAGAGCCUGGGCUUUCCCUGCCCCACCACUAUGACCACAGGCAGCAGAUGUGGCAGCGUAGUCAGGGGGUGUCUGACACCCUGUUGGCUCCCAGGGGUGGUGAGAUGUCUCCAUGGUGCAUGCUGCUGGUUUCUCCUUCCUCAGUAAUUGCAUUAAUCAGGUUGCAAAUUUAGUGUUUUCCACCAUGCAAAUCCCAGGCACUGAGUUUCUGCUUGUGUUUGCAAUUGAAUUUCAGACUUGUGUGAGGCGAUCUCUCUGUCUGCGGCUCUGGGGUGUCUGGGGCAUCAGACAGGGCCUCUGACCAAGCUAGAUUUUGUUGUAGUAAUCCAAAAUAAAGAAAAAUGUACCAC